CUUUGCCAAAUUCAACAAAAAGCGCAGAAGAAAACUUAACUUAAAGUAGUCAACGAGCAAACAAAAGUCAACAAUACGCCUUCUUAUGUCAAUGUGAGUUUUAAACUUUUCGUUAACGUCAAUUUAAAGGUUUUUUUUUUUAUACAAAAUUCAUUGGAAUGAAAAAGCUUCCAGUCGGCAUAAUGAACAACAUAAACAGUGACAUGUUAGACUUGUUAGCUUUAGCAUGCGAACUAAUAGCAUAGCGGCUAGCUUUUGCUCACCAUUCAACCGCAAGGAGAUAAAAAUGUCCUUUCGGCGAGCUCUGGUGGACUGUACUGUGUUGUUUCCCCAAGAUGCUUGUGUGUUUUAUCCGUGCUGUAGAGGCUGCUUUACCAGAAUGGAUGUUAAGACGCAGGACACAACGAGAUACAUAUGCCUGAAAUGUGGUUACAGUUGUUUAAAGGAACAACUACAGUACAGAUAUCGCCUCUCCCUAAGAGUGACCAGAGACAGAAGAAUAUUUGGAGUCACAGUAUUUGGCAGCUCAUUGAACCCUUUCUUUGGUAUCCAUGCAACAGAGUUUCAAAGGUUGGUGGAGAACUUGGACGGACCGUCUGAAGCGUCAAUCAGAUCCCAAUUGCUGGCGAAGGCGGUCGAGGACAGUUUUGUCGGCAGACGUCUUGUCUUUGGUAUAAAGGUGACAAAUUCUCAAAGUUGUCCAUGGUCAGAAGAUCAUGUUCCAAGUGGUUCUGGUCCUAAGGACAUGGCCCAGUUCACUGCCACUCAGAUGAUUUCCCCCAAAGCCAUAGGCCUGGAAGGCUGCUCUGUCAUUAGCUACUAUCGUAUACUUCUUCGGAGAACAGUAGAACAGCGGGUUUCUACCGAUCCCAACAAGUCCUGCACGAUCUCGUCUACACCCUUGAUUCCGCAAGAUUCACCAGCCAGCAGCUUCAGUCACGUCAUGCUCUCUCAUCUUGUAUCACACCCACUGCCAAGAUCACAGUACCAUGACAGCACUCUCACUCCAACGCCGCCAUGGCAACAAUCACUGGGACUAGUCACUUCAUCCGCUGAGCAAGAGCAGGAAGUAGAUCGGAGCACUUGUGAUGUCAAUGAGCAAACAGCGGGUCCGUUAGAGAGAGGUUGCGAUGUGAACUGUAGCACUAAGGAGGAACAAAAGAGUUCAUUUGCUGAAUAUUCAUCAGUCAGAAAUGUCCUGAACUGUUUAAAUUCCUCUACGCCUCCUUGGCUAGGCUCUGAGCAGAAAGUCUCUCCCCAACUGAAUGAUUCAACCACUUCAAGCUCAUUGGUGUGGGAGGAUUUGCCUUUUUCUGAAAGUCUGGAACAGUUUUUGAGUGAGGAGGACAAAUAUUUCAACACAGAAACUCCCCUGUCCACUAAACGUUCUUCUGUUCAUCCGCGUGACACAAAGACAUCAGUAGGCAGGUCUAAGGUUUUAGCGGACAUCAAUGACACAAGUGUACAGUCAUCUGGUGGUGACACUGAUGAAGAGCUAGGUGAUGACUACAAUUGUUCACAGGAUCUGUUUAGUUUCAACUCAGAGAAAGCUCAGCCUAAUUUAAAACAUCCGCAUGUUCAAAAAAAAAUUAAAAAAGGUCAGAAAACACCAGCUGAAAACACAUUAACUCCAAUUCUUGACUUUAUCCCAUGCUCUCAGUCCACUCCCAUUGUUAAAAGAGACCCAUCAUCAUCCUCCUCACCUACCAGAAUCUGCUCAAAAAAGCCUUCAAGGAAACAUUACAGAAUCCCCACAACCCCGAAAACCUCAAAACGUGACUGCAGUGUUUGGAACAUGCCACUGAGCCAUUUAGAAGACUGCGAAGUGAUUGUCCCGCCCACUCCUGCUGCGACACACGUCAAAGCAGACUGCUCUCCGAAUAAAACGUCACCGCAUGGACGCUACUGUAAAAGAAUCUUGUUGGGUCCAACUCUUGCAUGUUCACAAGGGGGUGGCGGCAUUGAUAGGGCUGCUAUUGGCUCCCCAGCGCAGGAGGAAGCUUGCGAUUGGUCCAGAGAUCUGUUCUCGGAUUCUGUCUGAAAGUUGCUGACUUUUAAUGGGGUGCAGAAACAAUAAUUUUAUUUAUUCUAAGGUGUAACACUGAAUUGCUGGGUUGCUCAUAUUUCUAAUCAGUUGCCCCAUAAAUAAUAAUGAAAUUGGGAUAAAGCAGUACACAUAAUUUUAGAUCGUUUUUGUACCUUUUUUAAAAUGCUAUUUUAACUGUCAUUGUCUUAGUGUCCGGUGCACAAAACAUGUUAAGUUGUAAACCAACUAGAUACAAACUUAGCGAGAAGUUGUAGAACAAAACCUGGCAGAAGGCAAAUAAAGGUAUUUUUACGCCUAUAAAGAGGACUGCGAAUGAAGCACAUGUAUAUUUUAACACAUUUGAGCAAUAACAUUAGUAACUGAUCAUUUUUACCACAACAAUUAUUUUUAUGAGAUGUUUGUAGUUGUACAAAGUAUGGAUGUAACGAUAAACAGUAUGAAUGAUAACCGCGGUAAAACUCCUGGUGGUUAGUAAUACCGUUUUAAAUUAAAAUUAUCGAAAAACGUUGAUUGAUAACUGCACUUUAAUAUACUUACGGACUGACUGGCGCCAGCUCGCUAGCUUAAAUGCUAAUGUGAAAGCUAGAGACAUUAAUGUAUUUCCUCAUUAAGAAACGACAUACCCCAAUCCAUCCAUCCAUCCAUUUUCUACCACUUGUCCCUCAAUCCAAACUUAUAAAAACAUUACUGUUUAAGCAACUGAGAUAUUGGGACAAGCGGUAGAAAGUGGAUGGAUGGAUGGAUAUUCAAUUGUGCACAUUGAACUACAAACUGCUCACUUACUACAGAGUAAUUGUUCUAUACUCUGAGGAAUAAAAGACAGGUGUUCAAGGACUGCUGAACAAACUCGAAUGCCAGAAAUAAUACAUAAUAAUAGAAUAUAUUUGUUGCACUUUUCUUUUCGAUAAAUCUUGAAGUGCUACAUUACAAACCAAUAUUUAAACAAUAAAUGCUUAGCCAUUAAAACAGAUAAGUUGUUAAGACUAAAACACUAUCGUUGACUCAUAAGAAACCCAAAAGAUGCAAAAUAAUGUUUUUUUUUUAACGGUACUCAUUUUAGUUAUUUAAAACAAAAACUUGUUCAAAAGAUGUCAGUGUGUAUAAGUACUAUUUGAGCACAUUUAGCAAUACAGCAAUAAUUAUAACCAUGAUCACUUUGGUCACGAUAACCGUGAUGACAUUUUCGUUUCGUUACAUCCCUGGUACAAUAUCAUCUCUAAUCAGUUUGAGAGUCAAAUUGUAGUUUUCAUAACUUUAUUAACUGCACAGGCAAUGUUUUGAGUAUUUUUCUAACAUUUUUAGCUGCAUUUGCAAAAAUAAGAUGUAACAAACACUCUGGUCUGUUAAACGGAAACUUUGCACAUCUCACUUUGUAACAUUAUUUUCUAGGGGUGUGGGAAAAAAUCGAUUCGAAUUUGAAUCGCGAUUCUCACGUUGUGCGAUUCAGAAUCGAUUCUCAUUUUUAAAAAGUCGAUUUUUUUUAUUAU